AGAUUCACAAUGGAUCAAUAAAACGUAACAGAGAAAUAUUAAACAAAAAUUAAAAAAAAAAACAAAGUAAUCAAAUGAUACGAAAAAUUGCUCGAUUUAUUCAAAAGGUCCCAGGAGAAAAGUAUUUAGCCGAGUAUCGUUUUAUACCGUUAUUUUUCAUUUUGGGAGCAGUUUUGGAAUAUUCCAUGAUAAAUUGGCAUGUAGGCGAGACUAAUUUUUAUCGUACAUUUAAAAAACGAAGAGUUCAAGAAAUAGUCGACGAAAGAAUUUUAAAAGAAUCGAAAAAUUUAAAUUAA